ACAGUGAAGUUUUCUCAUACCGCAGGGAUGACAAGCUCAAACAGCACUCAGUUGCUCCCUCUGCAGAUUCUUUGGGACUGUCUUAGACAACAGAGCCUCCUCAGAUCUCCAUUUUUCCCAGUCUUCUUCUCUCUGACUAUUUACCUGAGCUGCUGCCUGCCUUAUGUUUGUCUGGAUAUUCUUUGCUCACAACUGACCCUGAUCCAGCGCUUCAAGAUUCAGCCUCAAAGCCAGGUGUCCUGGCUUUACCGUCACUUCCACAGGGAACACCACUUCUACAGAGCCACCUUCUCGCUGACAACAGAAAACUCCAGUAUCUGGGAGAUGCUGAGCCUCAGCUUCUUCACCACACUGAACCCUGCUCUCCUGGACUGCCACCCGCUCACAGAGAUGCUCUUCUACAUCACUAACAUCUAUCUGUCUGUUGAGGCUCACUCAGGAUAUGAAUUCCCCUGGUCUCCACAUAGACUGGUGCCGUUUGGUCUCUACGGAGGAGCUCAGCAUCACGACCUCCAUCACCUCAAAUUCAAAGUCAACUACGCGCCGUACUUCACACACUGGGACAGACUGUUUGGCACACUGCAGGGAAAAUGCACACAGAGGAGGGCAAGAAAACUGUCUUUGAAAGGGUCAUGAUGAGUGAAGGCCUCAUGAAUAUCAUUAACACAUCUGUUAACCUGCUAAAAAAGUGGCUAAUGAAGAAAAAUUACUGACUUUAUGGAAUUUGGAUGAUUAAGACAAACAGCGACUGUUUCAGCGUGGACAUACAAUCUUUAGAAUGAGCUAGACGUGGAAGAAUGUGGAUCUAAAUUUUAAAUAUGGCAUUAAAAGCUUUGUACUUUGCUCCUUCAAGUGUAACCAAAGUUUUUUCACAGCAGAAAUGUAAAGAUUAAUAUACAAUAUUUUAUGGAAGCCCAUAUGGGACAUGAUGAAAAUGUUAAUCAUAUUGAAUUAUUUCAUUUACUCAAAUAACUCAUACAAAUGUGGAAAAUGAAAAUGCUAUUGUGGAAUAACUUAUACAUUUUAGAUUUACUAACAUUUUAAUUUAGUCCCCCAAGGGCUUCCAUACUUUCCAGUGCAAAUUUAGCAACAACAGUAAUUCAGAUGCCAUAUGUAUGGAUGAAUGGAUGUGAAUAAAUGUACUCAGGUCAUGUUAUGUCGCAGAUUUGAUUAUCUGCAAUCGUCUGAGUAAAUAGUGUAGACUGACAGCAGAUGAGUGGAUUAUACUGUCAGACCAGCUUGAAGGGUUUAUAUGAAUGUCUUUUAAAGUAUCACUUAAAUCUCAUAAAUCAAUUUAAUUGUGAUUUUGUUUCUCUAACUUCUUUACUUUUGCCGCAGAAUGUGAAAGUGAUAUUGGUGUUUUUGUAACGAUCCUUUAGUUAACUGGAUUUAUUAAAGGAGGCCUGUUAUGCUUGUUCAGUUUAAUCCCUUUCCUUCUGUGUUCUUAACGGCUCUUGUGCAUUCAAAAGGUCUGGA